GAAGUUUUUUUUUCGCUUAUCAGUAUUUCGGUCGAGAAAUUCGCGAAGGGAUUAGGGGAAUUCGAGGCAGGGAUUUGCAAGAAUCAGGGCAGUUUGAUGUUGCUUCCUGUGCGCGUCGCUAAUUUCUCUGUUUUAUUCGCGUGAUUUUUAGGGUUUUAUUUUGAGUUUUUCGUUUUCUCCACCGUAUUUCGUUGGCUUCGUUCCGUGCUACUGUAAAUUCAGAAUCUUGUCAGAGAAAAGAGAAGGAAAAGGAAAAACAAACAAAAUAGUAAGGGGAAUUUGGUACCUGGGUGUUUGCUGUUCCUUGAGUUGGUGAAUCUUUGGAGUGCCUGGCUCCGACGAGAUCGAAAGGAGGGACCUUUCCUUGGUUCCUCUGCUGGAGCUGUGAUUGCAGAGGUGAACCAUGUCAGCGAUGGCGGCGGCGGGUGAAGCGGAGUAUGGUGAAUGCGUGCAGAAGGGGUCCCUGCAGCAGCACCAGGCGCCUCAACCCAGCCCCGGCGCUCUAUUCUACACCCAUGAUGGCGUCGCCGUCUACAGGAAUCCGGUCAUGCCGGCGUUCUACCAACAGCCCGCGGGCAGCAAUGUCGUCGUGCCGGCGGCUCCAGGGCCAGCUCAUUCCCCUGCCAGCUCUGAGCCCUUCAAGCGCAAGCGCGGGCGCCCCCGCAAGUACGCCCCCGCAGACGGCGCCGUGCCGCUGGCUAUCGUGCCCCCAUCGCAGCCACCCACUGCUCGUGCCCCAGCUACCUCUGAGGCCUCACCCACGGUUCCUCCUGGCUUCUCUCCAAGUCCGCAGAGUGGUGGCGUGGUGAGUCGGCAGGCCUCGCCGGCGCCGGCGCCGGCGUCAGGUGCUCCCGAUGUCAAGAAGCGGGGCCGGCCGUCGGGCCCCUCCAGCAAGAAGCAGCAGCCGCAGGCGGCAGCGCCUGGACCAGGCUGGACUGGAUUGAAGCCUCAUAUUUUCACAGUUCAAGCUGGAGAGGAUGUAGCAUCAAGAGCCAUGUCAUUUUCUGGGAAUGGAUGGGCUGUUUGUAUCCUGACAGCCAAUGGCACUGUAUCUAAUGUGACCCUGCGUCAAGGAGAGUCUUCUGGUGGAACAGUAACUUAUGAGGGCCGUUUUGAGAUUCUCUCUUUGGCUGGGUCAUAUCUUCUGUCUGAAAGUACUGGCAUGAGCAGUCGAACGGGUGGACUUAGUGUUUCUCUUGCUAGUCCUGAUGGGCAUGUUUUAGGUGGUGCUGUCGCAGGACCUCUAACCGCAGCUUCGCCAGUUCAGGUGGUCAUUGGGAGCUUUCUGGCUGAUACAAAAAUGGAGCUUGACCCUGGAUCAGCACCUGAGAAACAUGUUUUCAGCAGGUUUCAAACUACCAGCAGUCCAUCUAGGGGUACCGAAUCCUCGGGUGGGCAUGCAAGCCCACCAAACACCACAGGCUCCUUCAGCACCAGCACACAGCCAGGCUUCCCAAGCUUUCCCACAUGGAAAUGAGUUUACCUGCUAUGGUGGAGUGGGACCGUGGCCUCUGGGGAUGAGGAGGGAGGAAUUUGGAACUGACAGUCCUCGAGCGUCGUCGCUGUAGUUUCAUGAGAUGUUAUGAGAGUCAAUCCUAUUUAGGUACUUCUAACUGGUUACAAUGAAGUUCCGGUUUGCUGCUUGUCUUGACAUUUUGCAUCAUUGAGGCACUUCAAACUCCAAAGUGGUGGUAACAUACAGUAUAUUAGAUGAUUCCCCCUAUC